AUGUCUCCCCACAAUCAAGAGGCCAUUUUGUCGAGCCCGUCCGAUAUCCACAAAGAUGUGACAAUCCAAGGGAAUGGGGACACAUCCCCUUUUUCAGAACAGGCGCCCCGAGACGCCUCUCCGGAUGCGAUUACUACUAGUGCGGUCCAGGGGGGGGCUGCUGGCGAGGAGGAUUUGCUAAACCUUAGCAAUGGGAAGAGAAAUCAGGCAGAUGAGAACUCCGAAGCCGCAUCGCAGAGUCUUGGUGGACCUACGCGACAAGACAAACUACCCGAAGAUAACGACUUGAUGUCUUCUUCGAUCGCGACCUUGAAGCCUACCACGUCCCCUACGACCACGACAUCCACGCAAUACCUCACCGCCGAAUCAAAAACUUACGUUGAUCCCACCCCACCUACGCCGACGUGUUCUCGACCCCCCUCCCGAGCGCCCUCAUCUGCCCCCCGGUCGAGAUCGGACGAUCCAUCCCCCACGCGGUCCGAUGCCGCGUACGACGACAAGAGAUACACUAGCGAGGACGAGCAGGAGCAUGGGUCUAGAUCUGAGAUUCAGAGCAUUAUGGAGCAGUUCAGUGAGCUUGGCGGCGGUCCCGGUGCCGAGGAGGUCAUGAGUCCCAGACUAGAGAUAGCCUCACCACUAUUGGGCGGGCGGAUCCAACACCCUCCUCGAAAGUCAAGUUUGGAGCCCCUGGCUCCUACCGCCGCACAUCAGUUCCAAGAUGCUCCUGGUCUUCAUGUAUCGACCUCAUCGCUGGGGACGUUGAUUCCCCCAUGUCACCCAUCGCCUCGCUGCACCGCCCACCACCGCCCGAACCCGAACCUCGAGCCGGCACUACCGUUCGACUUCCACCGAUUCUUGGAGCAGCUGCGCAAUAAGAAGGCCGACCCAGUGGCACGAUAUCUCAAAUCGUUUCUUUCCGAGUUUGGAAAGCGCCAGUGGAUGGUGCAUGAGCAGGUCAAGAUCAUCAGCGACUUUCUCGCCUUCAUCGGGAACAAGAUGGCUCAGUGCGAGGUGUGGAGGGAUGUGCCGGACACCGAGUUUGACAACGCACCGCCCCAGCCGGUGCCCGGGGUAAAAAAGAAGCGGGGGGCAGACCGGGUGAUGGGCCCUGGGCGGCGGGGCCAGCAUCAGGAGGAUGUGGAACGGGAUGAGAUCCUGGCCCAGAAGAUCAACAUCUACAGUUGGGUGAGGGAGGAACAUCUGGAUAUCCCCCCAGUGAGUGAUAGCGGAAAGCGGUUCCUGAAGCUCGCGCAGCAGGGCCUACUCAAACAUACCAAGUCGGACUCCUCUGCGGACUCGUUCAUGCCGAUGUUGAUCUACGUCGUGCUGCAAGCGAAUCCAGAACAUCUCGUCUCGAACGUCCAGUAUAUCCUGAGGUUCCGUAACCAGGAGAAGCUGGGUGGGGAGGCUGGCUAUUACCUUUCGUCACUGUUCAUCGAGAACAUGGACCGCACGACAUUAACAAUCACAGACGAAGAGUUUGAGAACAAUGUCGAGGCCGCCGUCUCGGCCAUUGCAGAGAAACACCGCGCCGAAUCCCCCCCCGCGCCCCCAUCCCAUUCCGAGAAGCCAACCUCCCUAAGGCCGCCACACCUCGGGGAGUCAGGGCCCUCCUCAACCCGCCCCUCCCUCGACGUCGAUCGCCCAGCCAGCCCCCGCCGCUCCACCUCGUCCAACGAGCCUCGCGACAGCGGCGAGUACAGCGGCAGCGACGAAAAAGCCGCCAUCACCGGGCUGCUACGGUCCAUCCAGAAGCCGCUCAGCACCAUAGGCCGCAUCUUCUCGGACGAGCCCUCAUCGUCGUCCGCCGCCGCUGCUGGAACCAACGCGAGCAUCGCCAGCCCGGCCCGCACGCCGCAGCCGGAGCGCGGCGACGGCGACCUGCGCGCCCGCCAGCGCCUGUCCGCCGAGGAAGCGGCCGCGCGCCAGGCUAGUGCCGAGACGGCCGAGGCACAGCGCCUGCAUCGUGCCGAGCAUGCGAACGUUGUUGAGACGUUAGCGGGCAUGUUUCCGGAUUUGGACCGGGAUAUUAUCAGCGAUGUGGUGUAUCAGAAGGAGGGGAGGGUUGGAUUGGCGGUUGAUGCUUGUCUCGCGCUGUCGACGUGA